GGUCUGCUCCGCUCUGCGCCGCGCCGCAGCCGCUCCCGCCGCCGCUCGCCCCGUCCUCGCUGCUGUCGCCGCCGCCGCCGCCGCCGCGGGGCCUGCGCGGGGAGGAAGGCGGGGGAUGCUCCGGGGACCCCGCGCUCGGGGCCGGGGAGGGCGGCGCCUCGCCCGGUGCUUUUGCUCCGCUCCCUGCACCGACGAUGGAUGCAUGAGCCCCAGGGCCGGGGCGCGGACGCCCGGUGAGCCGCAUCGCAUCCCUCUGGAGGCCAUGGAGCCCUAGGGGAGGAGGAGGAGGAGGAGGAGGAGGAGGAGGAGGGAGAAGAAGGGAGGAAGAAGAGGAGGGGGAAAAAGAAGAAGAAGAGGAGGAAGAGGAGGAGGAGGAGCUGCCCCUCGCCCACCCCAUCCCUCUCCCUCUGCCUUUGAUCUCAUUGUUGCCUUCUCUCUUGACGCCCAGCCAUGGGGUGCCCUCCAGGCUCUGCCCCUAGGCCUAGGCCUUCUGCCUAGCUCCUCCCUGUCCAGUGCCCGGGGUUCCCCCUGCACCCCCAGACCAAGCCGAAGACCCUGCAUGCACAUUGGGGAGCAGCUGAGCCGGCCCCACUGAGCUAGGUCAGGUAGGUGAGGAUCUUUUGGGGAGCAUUCACUCCACCCCACCCCACCCCACCUUGACUAGGACGACGAGAUGGCAGGCAAAGCCACCAUCACCACCACCACCACCACCAAGGCCAGCGAGGCCCUCAAGGUGGUGGCCCGCUGUCGUCCGCUCAGUCGGAAGGAAGAGGCCGCCGGGCACGAGCAGAUCCUCACCAUGGACGUGAAGCUGGGCCAAGUGACCCUGAGGAACCCCCGAGCCACCCCCGGCGAGCUGCCCAAGACCUUCACCUUCGACGCCGUCUACGAUGCCAGCUCCAAGCAGGCCGACCUGUACGACGAGACGGUGAGGCCUCUCAUCGAUUCGGUGCUCCAGGGCUUCAACGGCACUGUGUUCGCCUACGGUCAGACUGGCACGGGCAAGACCUACACCAUGCAGGGCACCUGGGUGGAACCCGAGCAACGAGGGGUCAUCCCCAACGCCUUUGAGCACAUCUUCACCCACAUCUCUCGCUCUCAGAACCAGCAGUACCUGGUACGGGCCUCCUACCUGGAGAUCUACCAGGAGGAGAUCCGGGAUCUGCUGGCCAAGGAGCCUGGCAAGCGGCUGGAACUGAAGGAGAACCCUGAGACGGGCGUCUACAUCAAGGACCUCUCGUCCUUCGUCACCAAGAACGUCAAGGAGAUCGAGCAUGUCAUGAACCUGGGCAACCAGACCCGGGCCGUGGGCAGCACGCUCAUGAACGAGCUCAGCUCCCGCUCCCAUGCCAUCUUCGUCAUCACCAUUGAAUGCAGCGAGCGGGGUUCUGAUGGUCAGGACCACAUCCGUGUAGGCAAGCUCAACCUGGUGGAUCUGGCGGGCAGCGAGCGCCAGAACAAGGCAGGCCCCACUGCACCUGGGAACAACACCGUGCAAGGCUCCGGGAGCACUGGAGGAGGUGGCAGCAACAGUGGGGAGCGUCCCAAGGAGGCCUCCAAGAUCAACCUGUCGCUGUCCGCCCUGGGCAACGUGAUCGCGGCCCUGGCGGGCAACCGGAGCACCCACAUUCCUUACCGGGACUCCAAGCUCACCCGUCUGCUGCAGGACUCACUGGGGGGUAAUGCCAAGACCAUCAUGGUGGCCACGCUGGGCCCUGCAUCACACAGUUACGAUGAGAGCCUGUCCACCCUGCGCUUCGCCAAUCGGGCCAAGAACAUCAAGAACAAGCCCCGAGUCAACGAGGACCCCAAAGACACGCUGCUGCGGGAGUUCCAGGAGGAGAUCGCCCCGCCUCAAAGCCCAGCUGGAGGAAGAAGGGCAUGUUGGGGAGACGUGCUGCGUCGCAAGAGCAGUCGCAGGAAAGGAAGGCCCGCUUCUGCCCCCGCCGGGUACCCCGAUGGGCAGGUGAUUGAGGCCUGGGUGGCCGAAGAGGAGGAUGACAACAACAACACCACCCGCCCCCCGCAGCCCCAUCCUGGAGGCCGCCUUGAGAAGAACAUGAGAGUUACUCUGCAGGAGCAGAAGGAACGGCUGGAGGAGGAGAAGGCAGCCAUCCAGGAUGACCGCAGCCUGGUGAGCGAGCAGAAGCAGAGGCUGCUGGAAGAGAAGGAGAAGAUGCUCGAAGACCUGCGGCGGGAGCAGCAGGCCACGGAGCUGCUCGCAGCCAAGUACAAGGCCAUGGAGAGCAAGCUGCUGAUUGGCGGCAGGAACAUCAUGGAUCAUACCAACGAGCAGCAGAAGAUGCUGGAACUGAAGAGGCAGGAGAUUGCCGAGCAGAAACGCCGUGAGCGGGAGAUGCAGCAGGAGAUGAUGGUACGGGACGAGGAGACCAUGGAGCUCCGGGGCACCUACACGUCCCUGCAGCAGGAGGUGGAAGUGAAGACCAAGAAGCUCAAGAAGCUGUAUGCCAAGCUACAGGCGGUGAAGGCGGAGAUCCAGGACCAGCAUGAUGAGUACAUCCGAGUGCGGCAGGACCUGGAGGAGGCCCAGAACGAGCAGACUCGGGAACUGAAGCUCAAGUACCUAAUCAUUGAGAACUUCAUCCCCCCUGAGGAGAAGAACAAGAUCAUGAACCGGCUUUUCCUGGACUGUGAGGAGGAGCAGUGGAAAUUCCAGCCUCUGGUGCCAGCAGGAGUCAACAACAACCAGAUGAAGAAGCGGCCGACCUCAGCUGUAGGCUACAAGCGGCCCAUCAGCCAGUAUGCACGGGUUGCCAUGGCCAUGGGGUCACACCCCAGGUAUCGGGCUGAAAACAUCAUGUUCCUGGAGUUGGACGUGUCCCCUCCCGCUGUCUUUGAAAUGGAAUUCUCCCACGACCAAGAUCAAGACCCCCGCGCCCUGCACAUGGAGAGGCUCAUGCGGCUGGACAGCUUUCUGGAAAGGCCUUCCACAUCCAAAGUGCGGAAGUCGAGAUCCUGGUGUCAGAGUCCUCAACGGCCUCCACCCUCUACCGCACACCCCUCGAUGGCCGCCGCCGCCCUGCACCCCACGGCCGUGCUGGACCACGAGUGAAGCCCUCCUCAGCGGCCCACAGACUUCGGGGUGGCCCAGGCCCCCUUCGCUCUUCCCCGUCCACCACCUGUGUGCAUGUGCGUGUGUGUGCGUGUGCGUGGGGCCGAGACCCCAGUGGACAUGCCUCUGCCGCCCUCCACCCCUUUAUUUAAUGCCCGUUAUUUAUUCGUGGAGCCCAGCUAGUGGGGGAGCGAGUCGCCCCCCAGCCUGCUGUGGUCUCUGCAUCGCCUCCUUUGCGUCGGACUGACAACACACACACACACUCCCGCCCCAGCUCCAGCCCCGCCAGCUGCUCCAGAGGGAAGGAAGGUGGCCAGUGCCUGAGCAGAGAGAGUCUGUCC